AUGUCAUGGAAGCAGUACUUGCUAUCGUGGCGUCAGGUCGUCGAGUGGACGCAUACUCAGAAGUGUUCGCCUGCAUUGUUGCCGAGGCGGCAGCGCAGCGAUUAUUCCCUCGCAAGCCGGUUAGAACAUGUGUCCAGACCCAUUCGAUCACCGAGACAUGACUUUUAUAACGACUCCUCUCGAACAGGCAUGCCUCGUACCACCAAUCUACAGAUUAACGGCCGGGCCAUAGUGACGAGGGAGAAGUUUCCGCCAUUUCGUGAGAAACUGGUCAUCAGCUGCAGCCUGGACGUGCGAAUGGGCAAAUAG